GGGAUGACCAGCAGGGAGAUAGGAACACGAAUUAUUGAACACAGAAGUUGUAUCAAAAACCAUAAAAUAGAAGCUCCGUUGGUAAAACAUUUUUUAGAGGAACAUGAUACUUUUGAUUCAUUCAAAUUUUGGUGCAUAGAUGGGAUUUCCAAUAUUAAAAACAUAAAACAAUUACAAAUACUGGAACUAAAAUGGAUUAAUCGUUUGAAUUCUGAAUCCCCGGUGGGUCUAAAUGAAAAUGUGAAUUGGUUAGUUUGAGUUUUUUUAUGUCUUUCCAUACCCUGUUUCUUCCCUAACUUUUUCUGUUUUUGAGUUUUGGCAGAAUGGUUCCCACUACCGGUUUGGCUGGCCAUAUAAGAGACUCUUUAAAUAGGAGAAGGAUUCCAUUAAAGUUUGGGUGCAUGGAUGGGAUAUUUAAUACUAAGAACACAUAACAACCACAAAAAUUGGAACCCAAAUGGAUUCAUCAUUGGAGAUCUGAAUCCCCGGUGGUCUCAAGUCAAAUCCAGUUUGCAGAUGAUAUGCAAGAGUUCAGUAAAUUCCCAACUAAGACUGGUCGCAGGUCCCUAUCGCGUUCCAUUUCACAGUCUUCCACAGACAGUUACAGCUCUGCGGCAUCCUACACAGACAGUUCUGAUGAUGAAGUUUCCCCUAGAGAAAAGCAGCAAACUAAUUCCAAGGGCAGUAGCAAUUUCUGUGUUAAGAAUAUCAAGCAGGCAGAGUUUGGCCGUCGAGAAAUAGAGAUUGCUGAACAAGAUAUGUCUGCACUGAUUUCACUAAGAAAACGAGCUCAGGGGGAGAAGCCUUUGGCUGGAGCUAAAAUAGUGGGAUGUACGCACAUUACAGCACAGACUGCAGUCUUAAUUGAGACACUUUGUGCACUAGGAGCCCAGUGCCGGUGGUCUGCUUGUAAUAUUUAUUCUACUCAAAAUGAGGUGGCUGCUGCCUUGGCUGAAGCUGGUGUUGCUGUGUUUGCCUGGAAAGGGGAGUCAGAGGAUGACUUUUGGUGGUGCAUUGAUCGCUGUGUUAAUGUGGAUAGCUGGCAAGCCAAUAUGAUCCUGGAUGAUGGGGGAGACCUGACUCAUUGGGUUUACAAGAAAUAUCCAAAUGUCUUUAAGAAGAUCAGAGGCAUUGUAGAAGAGAGUGUGACUGGUGUGCACAGGUUAUACCAGUUAUCAAAGGCUGGGAAGCUGUGUGUUCCAGCCAUGAAUGUCAAUGAUUCUGUCACAAAACAGAAAUUUGAUAAUCUGUACUGUUGCAGAGAGUCAAUCUUGGAUGGGCUUAAGCGAACAACUGAUGUGAUGUUUGGAGGGAAGCAAGUGGUGGUAUGUGGCUAUGGUGAGGUUGGAAAAGGAUGCUGUGCAGCUCUGAAGGCACUGGGAGCCAUAGUUUACAUUACAGAGAUUGAUCCCAUCUGUGCUCUUCAAGCUUGCAUGGAUGGAUUUCGGGUAGUGAAGCUCAGUGAAGUCAUUCGCCAGGUGGAUGUAGUUAUAACUUGUACAGGAAACAAGAAUGUUGUGACUAGGGAGCACUUGGACCGAAUGAAGAAUGGCUGCAUUGUAUGUAAUAUGGGCCAUUCUAACACUGAAAUUGAUGUGGCUAGUCUUCGUACACCAGAGCUUACCUGGGAGCGUGUACGUUCUCAAGUGGAUCAUGUAAUCUGGCCUGAUGGCAAGCGAGUUGUUCUCCUAGCUGAGGGACGACUUCUCAAUCUGAGCUGUUCAACUGUUCCUACCUUUGUUCUGUCUAUCACAGCUACCACCCAGGUAUUUCAUUGUGGAAUAUUUUUUUCUGCACGUCUUCCUGAUUUUCCCCAUGCUGUAGUUAUAGUGUGCUUGGAGUGUAUAUCUUCAUCUGAACUCUAGAAAAGCCACUUUAGAAAAUGUUUGAACUGUGCUUUUUCUGUCAUUUUAGUUCUUUAUACUGAUGCAUGGUAUUGAAAAUGAUUGCAUGUACAGCAUUAGUGU